AAGGCGGUUCUGACGGCCAAACCCGAACAAACAAAAGAGAGUGAGAUGGAUAGAUGGAUAGGUAGGUAACCAGAGAGAUUACCAGCUCUCACACAGCUAAGCAAAACCCCAAUUUCUUCCGUAAGCGCAUUUUCGCUCUCUACUUGUUUCGUUCGAAUUCUUCGACUACUCUCAACUCCCUCCCUCCCUCCCUCUCUCUCUCUCUCUCUCUCUCUCUCUCUGUGAAACGGAGAAGCUGACGGAGACAAUGGAGUCUACGGAGUCCUCAUACGUUUCGUCACCGGAGGCACCGCGGAGGCGUUCGUCGCCGCCGCCGCCCAAAUCACCUACUUCAGACACUAUGGAGAAGCCCACAUAUGUCAGGUUUCUUGUAUCAAAUGCUGCAGCUGGUUCUGUUAUUGGAAAGGGUGGUGCAACAAUCACUGACUUUCAGUCGCAAUCUGGAGCACGAAUUCAGCUAUCACGCAAUCAUGAAUUUUUCCCAGGAACAACUGAUAGGAUUAUUAUGAUUUCUGGAACAAUAAAUGAAAUUCUCAAGGCUGUGGAACUUAUUCUUGCUAAGUUGCUCAAUGAGCUAUAUUCUGAGGAAGGUGACGAUGUUGAACCGAGAACAAAGCUGAGACUAAUUGUUCCAAAUAGUUCUUGUGGUGGGAUAAUUGGGAAGCAAGGAUCUACAAUAAAGUCAUUUAUUGAAGACUCACAGGCUGGGAUUAAAAUAUCACCUCAGGACAAUAAUUAUUUUGGGGUAAAUGACCGGCUAGUUACACUAACAGGAACUUUGGAGGAACAGAUGCGGGCAGCUGAUUUAAUUCUUUCUAAGCUAUCUGAGGACUCUCACUACACUCAGUCAAUGAAUGCCCCAUUUUCAUAUCCAGGUGUUUUCUUCUCGGGUUUUCAUGGUAUUCCAUAUACAUAUGUGCUUCCUUCUGUGUCAACAGCAGCCUACAAUGCAGUGAGCUACGCACCACCGAAUGGACCAUCGAAUGGGGCUGCAGGAAAGUUUCAGAAUAACAAGGAGGAUCGGAGCAACAACUCGGUCACUAUAGGUGUCGCAGAUAGUCAUAUUGGUCUGGUUGUUGGUCGUGGUGGAAGGACUAUAAUGGAGAUUAGUCAGGGUAGUGGGGCCAGGAUAAAGAUAUCUGAUAGGGGUGAUUUCAUAUCUGGAACUACUGAUAGGAAAGUGACAAUUACAGGGUCACAGAGGGCAAUCCAAGCGGCCGAGACGAUGAUAUUGCAGAAAGUAAACUAUGCUUCUGAGAGGGCGUUGGAUUAGCUUUCUGAGUAUGUCAACUGUUUCUUUUUGAGAAUCUUGGUGGACCUGCCUGAAAUAAUUCUUAUACACUGGCUGGUAUUUCAAUGCGUCCACUUGCGUUCUCACCAAAUGAUAAUUUGGCUGAGAAAUCUGAAUGCUGUGUGAUAGGAGCAAGGACGGGAAUUUAUUUUUUUUAUUUUUUUUUUCUCAGAAGAGCAAACUUUAUAGGGACUUUGUCUAGAGGAACUAUAUUCCAAAGGGAAAAAUGUUGGAGAAAGCCAUUAUUUGUUUUGACCAAAUAGAAGGAUAGCUAUAUUUCUUAAUUUACACAAUUGUAACUUCUGAAUUUGUAGGUGUUCUGAUAGUAUUACUUUGUUAGUGUUGUUGACAUUUCAUAGUCGAAUUCUUUUUUCUUUAUUGAAUAAUCAGAAGUCAGAUUUAUGUCUA